AUGCUUCCUCAAUCGGCUUUUCGAGCGCAGCUAUCUGUCUCAACACCCCUGUACUCAAAUGGCACACGUCGUCUCUUCUCUACAACUUCGGCAAUCUUGAACAACCAAAGCCUGCCCAAUUCGGCAUCAAAACCGAUCGAUCCACGAUGGCUUACAAUGACCAAGCGAAGGAUCGGGAAGUGCAUGAUGUUUGGGAUGAAACCACCUCAGGUUGACGAAGCGGGAAGGAUUUUACAGCAAUUGGCUAAUGAUUGGCGGGAAUUGAUCGCUGGAAGUGAGGGAUUCCUUACGGAUAAAAAACGGCGUAGUCUGUUUCGCCAUAAUGUGGUCUGGGGAGAACAGUCUACUUGUGGUGGAUUAGGAUAUUAUGGUGAGAACAUCCCUGCCCCCUACCUGUUGCGCUUACUGCGUGGUCACGUCAACAACGUUACCUAUGUACGAUACGCCGAAACAGCUCGAGUAAACUGGACGCGCAAUAUCGGCAAGCAUAUCGAUACCGCGAACAAGAAAGAAUGGCUAAGCAUGGUUGGAAAUACGGGAAUCGGGCUCAUCCUGAAGAGUAUUAAGGUGGACUACAAAUUUCCCAUGGAAUCUCCAGACAAAAUUUCCGUCUACCACAAACUGAUCCCAGACCCAUCUGGGCAUCUUUCAUCUCAAUCGGCUUUCCGACUCGAAGUCAUGAUCUUGUCUGAAGCACGCCAACGCCCUGCCGCUCGUUGCUUCGAGGAUAUUGUAAUCUAUGAUUACAAGAAGAACCGCAAGACUGUCAAAAUCCCGCCCUUUGUCAUGGAGCAGUUUGAAGCGAUCUGGAAGCAGCAGGAGCAGGGAAAGGAGAACUGGAGUCAGCAUAUUGCUGAGAUCGAAAAUCGGGUCCGGAAUCUGGAGCUUGAAAGCUGGGAUCGGGUCGAUGCUGUGGAGGAUAAUGGGUCUGCCCCACAGUGA